CUUCAUUUUAACAUAUGUACGUGCAUCACAUGUACUUGACUCAUUAGCAGCGGCAGAACAAUUUUCAAAGGGGGAGGGGGCAGUUGUGCGACCAUCAGGCAUAACCUGAUCCAGUAAGCCCCACCCAAUUAUAUGCCCUGUAAAAAGUGUGGGGGGGAACCUCGCUUCCGCCGUCAGUGACUUGACUACAUGACGUUAAACAAAAUUAAAAAUAAAAUGGUAAAAAAUAGAAAGAAUAUAUCAUAUCAAUUCUAAAUGAUGAUGAAAAUGCCUCUAGGCAAUUCACUUUAUCAAGUUGGGAAUCAAAUGCGACGUUUCAAGAUCAACUGAACUGAAGCUGCCUGGUCAAUACAGAUUGGAUUAGAAAGCGCACCAAACGAAUUAUAGUGAAAUUGCUAAACUAACCGCCUGCACCGAGUGGAGCUGCCGUCACUUAAUAGGUUUUAAUAAAUAAGAUAUAUUGGGACUGCUCGCUCAUCACCAAUGCCAUUUCUGAUACACAGUUUGAGUUUCAGCAUAAGAUUUAUUUGGUAAAAGAUUGAUAAAAUACCAAACGUCAUGAUGCUAAAGAAAAAAAAUCAUGACAAUCCCGGCUGUCUUAUGUUGCGGCACUGCCUCUCUGCCGCAUAAUAGCAUGCAAUGUUUCGUUGCCAAUUAUUCUUUGUUGUAAACAGUGUCAUUCACAACAUCGACAUGUCCAGGAUGGAAUAAUACAACGGUAGAAGUACGCUGCAGCUUGCUGAAAUCAUUUUGUCAGUGGCCAGUUUUAUGAUGGAAGUACGGACAACAAACCAUGUCUUUACAUUGACGGAAUGCGAAGUGGAACGAAAAGUGUUUCAGCUACGCUACAGCACCAGAACCGACGCGUACUACAGACUAGGCUCCAGUGCAGCCGUCAUUGAAGGUUGGGAAAAUGGAAUCUAUACCGCAGUGAAUAUUGAACGGCAUGUUGAUGAUGAAAUGGCUUACCUGACCAGGACAGCCGGCUAUCGCGAGGGGUCUGUCAGCUGGAAGAUGGACCUCACGGAUACUGGUCUGGUCGUCGACUCCAUCCAAGCCCUUACCCUGAGCAGGACAUUACACGGUGGGAUCAUCACGUACGACAUUGUCAGUCCUGAUGCACAAAAAAAUGCUGACCUAUCAGGAUAUAUUGCCAAUGGCUGGCGGACGCUCUACCUCAUUGCUUACCUCAGCGGAAGUCCGAGCGAGGACAGCCAUGACCAAACCCAGCUGCUCUACCAGAGCAGUCUGGACGAGCAGGACCACUUUCCCCUGGACAUCUUGAUAACUCUCAAGCCUUUGCAGGAAACUCUUUGUACAUGUAAACCCGAUCCCGAGCAAACACACCAAGAGGGAAUCCAGGAAACUGCAGAGAUCCAUUUUCCGCCAAUCGAGAGAUGCACCUGCUUCUUCCCAAACAACAAUAACCUAGGGAUCACAGAGAUCGCCAACCGGCCAAGAACACCCUUCGGGAGUGAUUUUGUGGACUGUGCACAGAGCAUCGAAAGCCUCAGCAUCGUGAACAAGCACGCAAUAAGUCUUCCUGGAACGCCAGUGCACAGAAAGCACUACGGGAGCAGGGCGAGCUCUGGCAGCAGCCGGAGCCUCAGACUAGGCAAGCGUAACAGGGUCCAGUCCCUGGGGCAGGCCGGCUAUGACAACGCCGGGGCCGAGUCGCCGAUCCGCAUGCACGCGCUGCGUCAGAUGGCACCACCUGACCAAUCUGAGUUAAGAGAGCUGGAGGCGAGCAAGCUGGAUACCACAGGCGGUCAAUUAAAACCACAGAAUACAGAGGCUAGGAAGGCAUGGAUAGAUGGUAAACAGAGGGACUGUGAAUCUUUGGUUGGUGACGAUGACACAGACUCAAAGGGCCGCUUCUGCAAGGGAUCACUUUGCACUGUCUCAUAAGGCGAUUCUGUGCAAGAUGACCGUUCACCAACACGAGAGAAACCAAAGCUAACCAGUGUGCUUAGUGAUGGAACUCAUUUCACAUAUUCUUUGAAAUAUGCCUUUAUUUAGUCUGUUAUACAUAUAUUUUGGUAUGAAUCAAGUUUAUAAGUACACCAAAUUUUUAAUAAUCUGUUCUAUCAAGAGGCUUGCAUACAUGUCUCUUUAUUAAGACUGGCCAGGCACAGGCCUUGAAUUUGGUAAUUUUUAGGGCAAGGCCACUUUGGCCUUGAAUUAAGCAAAGUUCCCGAGGGCAUCGCGGCCAGUUGGGAGAGCACCAAGGCCAGAUAAAAUCUGUAAAAGGAGCAUGGAGGCUAAAUGCCAAUAUUCAUUCAUCAAAAAGUUUUGACAAUCAGAACGUACACCGAAUGCACGCACGCACGCCUCGUACAUGGACCUCAAUAUGAAUUAAUGUGAAUGGUGUACCACAUAUAUGAGCACUGAGAAAGAGAAAGUCAGGCAACUCUGCCCGUGAUAUCUUUCGCACGUACUCCUGCUGGAAUGUAAGUGCACGAAUAGAGGCAUUUAUUUUUGCAGCGGGGGUGUCGCUUCUUGAAGUAUCAGCACAUUCCGGACCCAUGCUUUUACGUACAAGUGUACAUGUACAGUACAUAUACACUGCAUGCUUUGUGUGGAUGUACACGAUGUACAUUCAGUCCAUUGACAUCAAAGCAGGUGUGCGUUGUGUGCAACGUCUGUACAUCGAUUCUGCGAGAUUUUGAGACAGCUGAUCGGGGUGAAAUGACAUCAAAAUAAACUUUCAACGGGUUUGCAAGCAUCUUGAACCAAUGAUUUUCAUGUUUUUAAUAGGCUUAUGGAUGUUUAUGGAAAAGAGUGCCACAACCACAGUAAAUACAUGUAUAGGGCAAGGUAAAACUGGCCUUGAGGACGGAGAUUUUUUGUGGGGCACCUCGGCCAGUGAGAAGGGUAACGGCAGCACUGGCCAUCGUGGCCCAUCGUUCAUUUUAAGGCCUGCAAGCACAUAUUUACUCCCAUUCAUAAAUACGUAUCUUCCGAGUCAGAAUGUCAAAACAAGUUUUAAAAAAUUAUCUAUUCAAAUUAUGUUGUUUGACAAAACUAUUUUUUAACAACACCUCCAGGCAUGUUAUGGUAUGUGCCUCUUGUGAGUAGUCAUAACCAAUUUCCUAAUAAGGAUAUUGAUGCCUGUGUGGUGCAUAUUCCCUGGGUGGCAAAGAAUGCAAUGAGCCAGUGUACGGUGAAGAUGGGACUCUCAAAAUGCAGACACUGUGGUAGUAACGUGCAAAUACAUAUACAAGUAAAAGUUGCGAGCAUUCAAGCAAUACACCAAGCGUAAAGGGACAAGUUUCAUUGCAGUCUAAAUUUCACGUGACACAGGAAAAGUGUCUAUAUCAGCCAGCCAGUGCUUUUCCAACCAUUUAAGAUCAGCCAGUUGAUGGGUUCUAGACCAAUAGGUAUAUGUAUUUGCCUAGUCUUGUAUUGCCUUGUGACGUCUUUUGCCAUGAGUAGUUUUCAUUUUGAAAUUGGUCCAUAUAUAUACAUGUACAUGUCCUUUUUCCAAAAGAUAAAGCAAUCUGUUGUCAUUGGUAAUAUCCAUGUGUACUAUCAAAGGCAGUACAGUCUGCAAUGUUAUGUACUAGUCACACUUUACCACAAAAGGAUAAUCCAUGUUGACAACAAUGUUUGCAGCCUACAUGUACAAGCCUGUACCAGAUACCCUUGUUAUAUGCAAACUUCAGGGUUCAGUUUAUUUGUAUAAUUUCCACAUUUGAAUUGGCAAAUUAAACAGCAUAAUGUCCAUUCAUCUCCAUCCUUAAACUUGAAGAUGUGCAAUAAUUAAACAAUUUUUCUAUGAGAAUUAAAAUGUAUAUUUGCUCCUUUUUACAAUAAGGAAACCUGACGCAUUAUCCUAGUGUACAUGUAUUUCAAUAGAUGAUCAGAUUCUGAAAAAGCUGAACAGUUUCCUUUUUGCAAUAUCUUGUUGAGUUUAUUUCGUACAUUUUGCUUGUUUAAAUUGUUGCUCGCAAAGUUCAUGAGUUUACUGCACAAAUCAACAAACAGCAAGCUGCUUGGCAGAGAAGGUACUGCUUGGAGCAAAAAUGAGCCAGGACCCAGUCUCGAGUUACACACUCUACAUGGCUCUUUGGCUGGUAACCUGCCAUUACAAGCCUUUUAGGUGAGGCACAUAUAUUUUCUGAGCUUAGUAAGUUUUAUCCCAAACUUGCUCAAAAGCUCAAAUGUAUAUUGUAGCAAGGUGCUCAUGCUUUUGCCAAUUGUUAAGUUAAAAACAGGCAUCUCCAUGGCAAGUUGGCAACCUCUUGGCGGUGCACGGUAUUUAUCUGUAUUUGUCAGUAUUGGGAACCAAAAAUAAUAACUGCUUUUUAUUGUAGAAAGACAGUGCUGGCCUUGGAUGUAAUUGAACUAGAGAAAGAAGCAACAUGUGCAAGUCCAGUCUGAAGUUACUCGAGGAUUUGAUUUUGACUUGACAGCAUUCUUCUUUUUAGUAUUUGUGUGCAACAAAUUUGUAGUGAGACAAAAUGCCAAACCCUGCCUGAAUAACAAGCAAUACAGUUUGUUUUCUGUUUUCGUUCGACACUGCACUGUUUUAAUGGACACUUUACACUCGUUUUUAAUAGAUUAUUGAGAUUUCUAUAGCAAAACUGAAGGAGUUUUAAGGUUUAAAUGCUAAACGACUGAGUGUUCUGCACAUUCAACUAAAUGACUACAUACUGGUGCAUUCAACUUGUUGAGAAAUGUCACCAUAUAGAGAGAGUUCAUAUUUUUUCAGGACAAAUUAUUCUUGAAUUGCUUAUAUAUAUAUGGUAGAUGUGUAAUAAUUCCCCAACAUUUCCUCUUUCACCCUCAGCCUGCACGUACCCAGGAUAAGAUACAGAGUAUACAGAAUAAAAUAUUAUAAAAGUGCAACACAA